GUGUCACUGGAACACAUGCGUUGUAAAAGAAGGCAGGGCUGACAUGGAACCUGUUUCUGACAUUGCCCAGCAAUUGAAAACAGCAGUUGAUUUGGACAGAGCAGAUAUUGUCAGAUCUAUAUUGUCUACACUGCAACAAAAUAACAAAGACAUCCUUCAAAGUGUAUUGAGUGAACUAAAUAAUGAAGAAGGGACCUUGCUUCACCUGGCUGCUAAGAGUGGUAAAACAGACAUAGUACGUGCCCUUCUGUCUGCAGGUGCUGACCCUGGUAUACACAAUGCACAAGGAAAGACUGCCUUUGACCUUUCAUCAGAGUUCAGCCUUAUCAUAACAGUGUUCAACGAGGAACUUCUACAGGCUACAGCACAAUCAAAUGUUGGUCGUGUGUGCCAGCUGCUAGCCUCUGGUGUAAAUGUCAAUCUGUCUGACAGUGCAGAAAGUGGAAACACACCGCUCCACUGGGCGGCCAGCUAUGGAUCAGCAGAGAUGGUCCAGUGCCUUUGUGCCCGAGGAGCUGUGGUGGACACACUAAGUGGGACAGGCUACACACCUUUACAUGAUGCGGUACGGAGAAAGGAUCUUGGUGUGGUCAGAGAGUUACUGGUACAUGGGGCAGAUCCAAACCUAUCGAUACAAACGGGGAAGGAUAAAGAUAAAACUGCCAUCACUCUAACAACUGAUGCUCCCGAGAUUGUGGAGCUGCUGAAGGACCCACCUCCUGUCGUGGAACCAGAGCAGACUAACACAGAGCUACAUAUAGGAGAUAAGCUGGUUGGGAACAGUGGGAAUAAAGACCCAGACCAGACCCCUCCCCUCAACGCUCCUAAUGGUGUCAUUCCAAACGGUCCUGUCCCUGAAUCUCCGCAGCUCAAAACACCUACUUUCAUGAGAAGUUUGUCCUACAACCAGGAUGAGAUCCAACAGGUGGUUACAGAGGAGAAGAUGGGGUUACUGUGGCCACAACCACAGCACAUCCUUCAGAAGGAUGGCAACCCGUUCUCCCCUCAGACGCCCAACGUUCCUGUCUACGUGUCUGCUGGUCCCUCACACAGUUGUAGAGAUAUCAUAAAACAACUGAACAGUCGUAAAGAGAUGUUUGAGUUCCUGGGGUACGAGCUAGAAGUGGACACCUUUACUCCGCUCUCAGAUACCCGCGUACCACAUAUCCUCUGUCACGUCAACCAACGCCUCUGUCCCCUCUGGGCCUCCUACAAACUCAUCGUCUCCAGUACUCAGCUCAAGGUGAUCUGUGGAGACCUGAAUGCCCUACACAGUGCCAUAUCAACCAUCUACCAGCUGUUCCUUCUGUACUUUGACGAGGGUCGCACCACUAUCCCCCCGAUCUUGGUGGAUGACUGGCCAGACAUCACCUAUAGAGGUGUACUGUUAGACAUAUCUAUGGGACGCCUGUCAAGUAUGGAUGUUCUUAAAACUACUGUUGAAUACUUAGCAUUGCUGAAAAUCAACCAGAUUCAUCUUUUCUGUCGAUUCUCCACUCAAAAGACACCAAAAUGGCAGCUCGUGUACAGCAAAAGUGCUUUAAUGGAGUUUGAGAACCACUGCAUUGCCCUUGGUAUCCAGGUUAUUCCUAUCCUAGAGGUGGCGCCACUGGUCCAGUUUGAGGACAUUGAAGAGUUGUAUGAUGUUUUCCAGGAUUUUCUCUCUUGUUUCCCUGAUUCACAAUUUGUGAGUCUGGGGCCACGCCUGAGUAGCUUUGUACUGGACACGGAAGAAGGCCAGCUGGACAUUACAGAUUGUGUGAAGAUGUUACCACUGAGUCAACACCACACCAUACAGCUGUGUGGCUACCCUCUACACGAACUCAAUACAGAGCUGGUACAACAACUACCACCCAAUGUCGUCAUCAACGAGUAUGGUAUACAGGCUGACUAUGAUUUCCGAAGAUUCUGCCGGCCGUUGUCUGAUCUAGGUAUUAAUUUCUCUGUGUGUCCUGGCACAGCUUCAUGGAACAGUUUCUCUGGCUGUCCUGAAGCAGCAGUAAACAACAUCUACAGAGCUGCCAAAUGUGCUGUCAAUCAAGGGGCUAUCGGCAUGGUAACAUGUAAUUGGUCAGGAAAGGGUCACUUGACUCACCAGCCCUUCUCCUGGCCGGGCUUCCUCCUGGGGGCUGGACUCGGCUGGAACUCUAGCUGUCACCAGGAUUACCUCUACAGCAAUUUGUCAGAGUUAAUGAAUCGUUACGUGUUCAGAGAUGUCAAGUCAACAGUGGGCCAUGUGAUAGUGGAGCUUGGUCGAGCAGAAACCUACCUCAUACGCUGUGCCCGUGGACAGUCAGGUAAUGACUGUCAACGACUUCCAGAUGACCAGGGCUCCACCCUGUUCCAGUUUCUCAUCGGUCCAGACACUGUACCACUUGAACAUAUCACCAUGGAUGCCAUACAGAGGACAAUGAAGCAUGUAAAACGAUGUCAUGCAGAACUGGAAAACACAGACAUGAAAUGUACCUGUAAUGACCUCAUUCUGGCUGAACUUCAGCUGACUUGUGACCUAAUGAUGUAUGCUACAAGGAUUUGCCGUGCAUUAAUUGUAUCGGGACGGAACCCUGCGGGUCACAAUGGGUUUCCUGUUGUAAACUUUGGGAUUAGUAACCUACCAGCUACAGCAAAGACGGACCUUGCCAACAGGUUGCUGGAGUUGUUGGAACGGUACAAGUCUGUAUGGAAUGGACGUUACUUGGAACACGUUGGACGACAAGAGUCCCUGAUCACUCUCCAUUCACUCCUCAAAACAUUCCUCCCUGACCAGGAGACAGCUGCACUCCUCGAGGCCAAGGAUUGAUGGUCGCCCCAGCCUUAAUACACAUCGUCAUAUCUCAUGUAUAGAAUCACGUGUGGAUAGCAGAGAGGAUAUUUUGAGCAGACAUACAACCUGUGUCUGAGUCUGAUAUUGUUAAUGUAUUCUCCUAUAGUAUAUCUCAUAUAAGAACCUUUGUAUCCUCACCACUAAAAGGGUUAGCUGUUGGGCAAAUAAUUAGAGGUUCCCUUUAUUUUAGCUGUCAGAUGCAAAACUUAUUUUUAAUCACCAAUCAUAAAGAGAUUCUAGGGUCCUUAAUUGAACAAUUACAUUCAAUAUAUUUAGUUGUGUUUUACUUGUAGGUUUCACAGUUAACAAAACAAAAAAUCAAGAAAAACCAUGCUCAUGAAUGAUAUGAUAUUAAUUAUAUAUUUAUUUCUUAACUAUAAUUUUAUCAUUAUUGUAUAGAACAGACUUGUUUAGGUUGCUUGCUACAAUACAUAUGAUAGGUGUUAUUACAUCACUUCUGUUUUGAAGAAUUUUCUUUUUCCUAAGUGAUAUCUUUGUUUUCAAACUGUUUCAUUCUUAUGCCAGACAUGAAUAUUUGCAAAAUAUAAGUGUUUUGUCAUUCUUCUUGCAAUUUAAAAACAUACAGUCUAGUACAUGGAUUACUUAUUUACAAGGAAGACACAACAACUGAUACAUCAGACUGUUGGUAAUUAGGAUGGGCUUUUUUGCAUGUGUAGGUUGGUUAAUGUCAUAUUUAUGAUGUUGAUACAGUCGUACACCACUAAGUGAUGCUAUAAUGCAGAUUGACAUUUGUAAACUGUAGCUGUUUUGGGGAAAAUUGAAGCAGUAUUUGUUUUCUUUGAUCUCAAUUUUGAAACAUGUAAAUUGAAUCCCAUGAUUCUAGGUGCUAAGUAGUCAGUGUGUUGAGAGAGCUGCACACCGAUGUUACUCUGACAACGAGUUUCUGAAAGCUGCUUGAGUACCUUUUACCUUUCAAACAAUAGCCCCUAACAGGAGUACCUUUAGACUGGUGCCAAGGUUCUGAGUGUAUUCCAGUACAAUAAAACAUUGCUAUACUGUCACUGUCUGUCCAGCCAGAUGUUGUCGUUUAAAAGGGUUUAGCCAUACAUAAAGUAGACACCUGAAGGAAGUGUUUAGAAAUUAGGGAAGGGGACCUUGACAUAUGUUGACGGUAAGGUAGGUGGCAAAUUAAGCAAAGAGCAUUGUAUUAGGGAUUUACUGUACUCAUUUGUACAAGAGCAUUGUAUUAGGGAUUUACUGUACUCAUUUGUACAAGAGCAUUUUAUUAGGGAUUUACUGUACUCAUUUGUACAAAAGUAGAUAACUUGAGUACCAUCUUCACUGCUCCAGGUCAUGCUACCUCGUGCUAGCUUUAAUGCUGUAGAAAAGGAUAUGCGAUAAAUUUACAGGUUUUUAUCAACAUCAACCCAGUAUUGUCUUGGUUGUACUUACUGAUAUUGUAUUGGUGCUGCUACAGUUUUAGUAAUUAUAUUUUCUUCAUUGUUAUUUUGAAAUAGAUCAACAGGGGCACGGAUACCCUGGAUUAAAAUUGCACGGAAUUAGAAAUAUGUCUAAUUUUAUGUAUGAUUUCAAUUGAAAUGGUUACUUUAGAUUUAAGUUUUGAGUAUGUUUUAAUGAGAAAAGAAAUAAUUAAAAUUUGAACACCCAACCUCGGAUGUGUAUUAAGCAUGCUAUCGAUAUUAUAACUAUUAUAUAUUAAAAUAUAGUGUAAGUAUUAUCAGCAGUGCAGUCUGUCAUAAAUAGAAAAAGUCUACCCAUCAAACUUAUAAAACGACUGGCUGUAUUUUAAAUGUAUAAAAGUACAAAAUAUGAAAUAUAUUAUAAUUUGAGGUAUAUUUUAUCAUUUUAAAGAUGGGAUUUUAUAUAUCAAGGUAUUCAUAUUACUUAGAGAGAAAAAAAAUACAUGCACUUUAUUCCAAUAAUGCACAUGGAGAUAGCCAGUCAUAGCUUCAUUGGUUAUAACUCAUAGUUAAGUUUUUGGGGUCAAUUUGUAUUUUGGGUUAUCAUUUGUUUUUUGGUAUAAAUUCAUUUAUUUCCUAACUUGUUUUUGUAACUUUGAAUGCAAAUACUACUUGGUGGUUUAAGGUUUUAUAGACCGAAGUGAGCAUGAAGGAGACCUAGUGUAUCCCUCCGUGGACUUUCAUUCAUGACACUGCUGGUAUGUUUGUAAUGGCUUCCAUCUCUACUUAAUUUGUUAUAUAAUUUGCAGAUUCUAUUUUUCUUUGUGUAUAUGUGCAUUUUUUUUCUCCUUUUCUUCCCCAUAUCAUACGAUAGCAGUUUUUAAAAAAGUGCUUCUUUUAUAUUUAGUUGUUUUGGAGUGGAAGUUGUUGAAAACUACUGUGAUAGAAGUGAUGUGAAAUGAUGUAUGUUACUAGUACCUGUAAGCGGGUGUUGUGAACGGUGAGCCAUAGUAUGAGGGAAAUCAUUCAUAUAUCAAUUUUGUGACCAAGUUACAAAACUAUUUCGUGAAACAUUAACAUUUACAUGUAGAAUUGUUGUGGGUGAAUUUUAUAUACAGAAAUGAUAUAUGAGUACCAUAUAUGAUUUUUUUUCACAUUUAUUAAUUAUAUUUUUAUACUUUGUCAAAAUGACUAUAUUACUGGUAGCUGUUAUUAUUUUGCGUUUCCUGAUAUCGGACUGAAUAGCUGUUGUAAGAUCAAAGAAAUGUUUAAGAAAUAUUGUAUAAAAGUGAAUACCCACUUGACGGUACCACAGUGAUCUGUUCAAACAAAAUUCAAGGUUGCUAUUUUGUUCUGCAAUGUGCUAUGGAGAAACUUGAUGAAGUUAGGCAGCGCAUUUUAAUUGCUUUAAAAGUUUAUUGUAGCAACCAGUCAGAUUAAUAUCAUCUGUCACAUGGCAUGUAGCCAACAAUACCAUGUAAUUUCUAGGUAUAUUACGUCAUAUUAAACGAAACCAUGUAACAGGUGAUUUUUAAUCCGAUAGGUUAUCCGCUUUUUUUCCCCUCGUGAAUUUUUUCUUGCAUAUUUAGGAUGAAAUGAGGAAUCAAAAUACUCUGCCUUUAUUCGGUGAUGUUAAGUUUUUGUUUGAAAUGUACAUGGCAUAAUUAUUAACAUUUUCAGAAUGUGUAUCUCUGUCUUUUAUUUCACAGUCCUGUUUUUGCAGUUUAAAGCUCUAUUUACAAAGCUUUGUAUCAUGUUUUAAGUUGUUGAGCAUGCAAAAUAAUGAUUUGAAGCGGAAAAAUACAGCAUGUUUUCCCCCUGUUUCUAGUCACCAAAGGGAAUAGGUUCUAGAUCUGAGGUUUUGUGAUUUGACAGUGAUUUUAUUUGGGCAAUUUAAAGCAAUAAUCUGGAGAAAAAUGUGAAUGUUUAUUUUUUCAUUUCAUUAUAUAUACAUGUACAUGUUUACCUAAUCACCUUGCAAAUCAAUUAAUUUGUGUUAACAAGUGUUGUGUGAGAAAUUCGGUAAAUGAAUGGUAUAAUUUCAUAAAAAUUUGUUUGAAAGUACAUCUACAAUGUACUUAUAUGUUUACAUUACCGACUUGUGUUGACUUUUGUUUGACAAAUUCUGUCUUUGUCUAAAGUAAAAAACAAUAAGACACAAGAAACGACAAUAUAAAUAAAUAAUUAUCUACUAAUUGCCCUAAAAAAAUAAAAAAUACUGAUGUCUAUCCAAAUAGUAUUUGUAUUCUCCUGCCUUUAGAUAAGGGAUCACACAGAGUUAGUUAAUUUUCAACAAAAUUCAAUUCAGUUAAGCAGUAUUUUCAACAGGUGCAGGGCAACCAAUUAGGUACGUUUUGUUUAUUUUUAAUUUGCUAGUUGUGACACCAGGAAAGAAAGAAAAAAAGAUUACUGCUUUAUACUGCUGUACCUGUAGAUAAUGUACCUGAUUAACUUAUUAAAUGUACUUGUCCAGCACUCAAAAAUCUCAAGUUCUUGUUUUAAGUUGAACACCAUGACAUGAUUGUACAGUCAAGUCUAUUUUGUCAAUGUCUUUUGUUGAUAAUUUUUUAGUUAUGAUAUCAAAACCAUAUCUCUUCCAAUACAGCCUUCCUAUGACCGUAAUUCCACUGCAUUAAAAGGACUGUUUAAGAUAAACAUUAUUGGAGAUUCUUAAAAUGAAAGUUCAAAAAUCUGCAUCAUUCCAUAGACAAUGUGAAAUGUCUGUACUUCAUUGUCCAAGCUAACAGCCUUAUAACUACAGAUAUACCAAAGACAGUUUAUACACAUGGGCUUCUCUUCUAGACAAUGUUUCAUACUAUUCCUGUGUCUUCACCCAAGGUCAAGGUCAUUUUAAAAGAUCAAAUGUCCAUGUUCACAUUUCAUUGUAAAAAAGUUUACUUCCUCAUAGUUGUAGAUACCUCAAAGAAUGUUUUAAGUCCUUUUAAUGCAGGAAAGGUUAAACUUAUGAAUUAUGAUUUCACUGUGUGUGGUUGUGAAUAUAUUCACCUGCUCCCAAAGGGUGCAGUUGUAAAUUUUGUGAGGUGGUACGUUCUGAUAUACACUCCCCUAGGGUGUGGAAAGCUCUGACUACACUCCCCUAGGGUGUAAUUGUAAAUUUGGGUUACAUUCCCCAAGGGUGUAGUUGUAAAGUACAGUUUCUAAAGGUGUGGUAAAUUCUUAUUACACUCUCCUAGAGUGUAGUUGUAAAUUCUUAUCACACUUUCUAAAGGUGUUGUAAGUUCUGAUCACACUCCCCUAGGGUGUUGUCAGUUCUGAUCACACAUCACACUCCCCCAGGGUUUGGUAAGUUCUGGUCACACUCCCCUAGGGUUUGGAAUGUUCUUAUGCCCCUCCUUAGGGUGUUGUUGUCAGUACUGAUUCAAACUUCACCAGGGUGUGGUUAGUUCUUAUACAAUCCUCCAGGGUGUUGUUGUCAGUACUGAUUCACACUUCUCCAGGGUGUGGUUAGUUCUGAUACAAUCCUCUAGGGUGUUGUUAUCAGCACUGAUUCACACUUCUCCAGGGUGUGGUUAGUUCUGAUACACUCCUCUAGGGUGUGCUUCUGAUCGCACUUCCCCAAGGUGUUGAUGUAUGUUUAGGGUGAUAAUAAUAACUUCUGCCACUGAUAAGUCAUUACUUGUUUGAUUGUGGGAUAUUUUACAAUAAAAUUAUUAAA